CUAGGAGAGAGCCCGGAGGACAAGCCCCACAAGAGGUCAUCUAUCAGGAUGGGAAUGAAGCUGUACCAACUGGCCUCAGGGAUGGAGAGGUCGCUCCCUUACGCGGCGGCCUCCAAGCAGCUGCUCCUGGCGGACGGUCAGGUGGAGGUAGAGGCCACGCUGGACAAGGCCGUGUACGAGAGAGGUGAACCAGUCAACGUCAACGUCUCCGUCUCUAACCACUCCACCAGGAACGUCAGGAGAAUUAAGGUGCUGGUGGUCCAGUAUGUAGACGUGGCCAUGUUCAGCAACGGUAAGUUUAAGAACAUCGUGGCCACCAUGGACUCGACGGAGGGCUGCCCCAUCACCUCGGGCGCCACCCUCUCCCGCCAGUUCGAGCUACAGCCUGCCAGGGGGACCAUCAAGAACUGGAUCGCCUUGGAGGAGUUCUAUGACAGGGAGAGCGCCCUCGCCUCCUCCGUCACGAGACCCGACGCCGAAGAGAGGAACGUCUUCGCCAUCUACGUCAGUUAUUACGUCAAGGUGAGGAUGAAGGGGAGGGAGGGAGGGGGUUAUAGGCCACAUUAA